AAUAAAAGCCCAAUCGGUGACAUGCCAACAAUUCGCGUACUACUACUACUUCUCUCCUGCGCAUUAUUUGUGCGCCGGUGUCAUGGGGCGUGUGCUGAAGUCGACUCUGACACGGAGGCAGUGGCGGGCAAGGGAUUUAAACUGGGCUGCAUAUCCUGCAAAAUGAGGAGUGAGGUCAAAGCCAGCGCCACCAUCGAAUGGUUCUUCCAGGCGAAAGGAGAAGAAGAGUUUGUGCAGAUCUACACCUACAAUGAAUACGGCCCCACGAUAGAAUACGACUUCUUCACGGAUCGUCUGGACUGGAACGGGAGCAAGAGCAGCAACGACAUCCAAGACGCAUCCAUCUACAUUCUCAACGUCACCUUCAACGACACGGGCACUUACCGUUGUAUCUUCACCCGUACUCUCUUAUACGAGAACUAUGAGAACACCACGAUGAUCAGCAAAGAGGUUCACCUCCAUGUAGUGGCUAAAGCGACCCGAGGUACAGCUUCCAUCGUGUCGGAGGUCAUGAUGUACGUGUCCAUCAUCGGCCUGCAGGUGUGGCUCCUCAUCGAGAUGAUAUAUUGCUACAGGAAAAUAGCGGCAGCCGGGGAGGAAGCGUUAAGAGAAGCCGCGAACGCGGAGUAUUUAGCAAUAGCGUCGGAAAGUAAAGAUAACUGCGCGGAUGUGCAAGUUGGAGAAUAG